AGGAGGAUUUUGCCUCAGAAGCAAGGAAGUUUUUUACCUUACGACUCACGUUCAUUUGCUGCAUAACUUAACAAUCUGCCAGUCAAACCAGGCAGUGGUUUAAUACGAAUCCAGUAAACCAGACCCUUUUGGACUUGGAGUCUAGCUAAAGGCUCAGCACAAUGAUGGCGGUUACACAUGUGUUAUUUGUUUUGCUCUGCUCUGUUAUUUCACUGGGAUCAGAAAUUCAGGUUGAUCCAAAUGGCUAUGUUAUGUACUGUCCAUGUAUGGGAAGAUUUGGUAACCAAGCUGACCAUUUCCUAGGAGUUUUAAGUUUUGCGAAGGCUUUAGAUAGAACACUAGUUCUUCCACCUUGGGUUGAGUUCCAUUUUCCAGCACCAAGAUCAGUGCAAGUUCCAUUUGAUGUGUAUUUCCAAGUGAAGCCUCUAUUAGAAUUUCACAGAGUGAUUACUAUGGAAUCUUUCUUUGAAAACUUGGCAGAUGAGGUGUGGCCUAAAGGAAAGAGAACUGUGUUUUGUUAUCAAGCAAGAACUUACGGUGCUAAGGAAAAUGAUUGCAAUGCCAAAGAAGGGAACCCUUUUGGUCCUUUCUGGGACACAUUUAAUGUUGAGUUUGACAGUUCUGAAUUCUACCAGCCGCUGUAUCAUGAUGUUACACACAGUGAAAUAAAAAGAUGGAAAGAAAGGUAUCCUGUAAGCAAAUUCCCAGUUCUGGCAUUUACAGGCGCACCAGCAUCUUUUCCUGUCCAGCAACAAAAUGUAGGUCUCCACAAAUAUCUGAAAUGGUCUGAUAACAUAGCUGCUCAGAGAGACAAGUUUAUAAAGGAAAAUAUCGGAGAUGAAAAAUUUGUUGGCAUUCAUCUACGACUGGGUUCAGAUUUUGAGAAUGCAUGUAAACAUCUAGACUCGAGCCCUAAUAUGUUUGCCGCAGUUCAGUGUUUAGGAUACAGAAAUGAACAUGGAAAAGCAUCACAGGAGAUGUGUUACCAGUCAGAGAAAACAAUUUUCAGAGAUUUGUCAAAAGUUUUAAAAUCUACAGGUUAUUCCACAGUGUUCAUUGCCACAGAUAGCAAAGAUCUUAAAAGUCAAUUAUCAAAGAAGUUUAAAAAGGUGAAGUUUGUGAAGCACUCGCCAGACAACGCUCAUGUAGAUCUCGCUAUUCUAGGGGCAUCAGAUUAUUUUAUAGGAAACUGUAUAUCAACAUUCACAGCCUUUGUGAAAAGGGAAAGAGAUGUCAACAACAAACCAUCAAAAUUCUGGGAUUUUCCUCCGUCAAAGAAACAUGAGGAACUUUAACACGUUGUUGAAAGUAGGAAAUCCAGCAUUGAUUUACUUAAAUGUAUUUGUUAGUCCUCACAUUCGGGGUAUAUCUUAAGUUUUGCCAUAUUAUAUUUUACCAGUUUUAUUUUCAUUCACCUAAGGUGAAAAGUUUUGAGCACGUUACUGUGUUUGAAUGUCUCUGUAAGAUUUUGUUGAAUGAUCUAUUGUAAAGCAUGAUCUUUUUGGGGGAUUUUUUCUGCUUAAAUUUGUGUGCAGUGUAUGAAUGAAAUAAUGAAGUUAACAUGCUUAAUAGUUGUGAACUUGUUAGUGAUAAUGCCUCGGUGAAAACUGAUUUUUUAAACCUGUGAAUGGAAGGUAAAACUUUCCUGUAAUAUUGGUAACAGGUGUAUUACUGAAGAUGCAUUACAUAUGCACAUGAAAAAAUUACAUAGGGCUGACGACCAAUUUCUGUAGUCAUAUUUUUGCAUGAUUUCCUGUAUUUCUUAGGACUUCAGAACACUUUUAACAAUGAAAUUUUGUUGAGCUGUCUGUAUCAGCAGUACUCCAGUACAAUCUGUGCCAAUUUAACAAGGCAUGGAUAACGCAUGUUUUUUCAUGUUAUAACAUCUGCAGAAUCCCGAGGGAUUGGUUUGUACCCAAGCCCAGUAGUUGAAGAUGUUAUUAUAUGAAAUGAACAUGUGUUAAUGCGUUUUUAGCAUAAAACACGUAAAAAACUAAUUAACAAAUAAAUUAGCCCUCAACAUCAUUCAAUUUCCAUGAAACGCGUGGGAAUGUCUGCAUUGUUUUAUCACAUUGAUGUCAUUUCCUUUUGAGUUAUCUGUUUUGGAGCCGUAAUAUGUUUAUGCUUUGCCAUGGAAUGGGCAUAUAUAAAAAGGUGUUUUAACAGCAUGUGAGUGCGGUAUCUCUGUUAACAAAUGUUUUUUCUCCUGUUAAAACACCCCCGAAAAGUGACAAGAACAGCAGUUUUAUGCUAGAAUGACAGAAGAAUGGAAAAAAUUUACUGCAUAUAAGUAGCCUAAAGAUUGCUAAUUUCUAGCAGUCUGGGGUAAAAUUGAACAUAUUUAAUAGUUUAAAUGUGUAAUUUAUAUGCAGAUUAGAGUAGAAAAUGACAAAAUAGGGCAAAACUAGGCUACAGUAAGGAUAUCUGAUUGAAAAAAAUUAUGCCAUGAUUUUUGGCAAACUUUUACUUGAUGUCUUACCUUACUGAAAAUGCCAUAAAACCUUAGAAACUGUUAGUAUCAAGCUAAAACCAUGCAUGUUUUCAUGCAUUUAGGUUGCUUGUACAUUUCAAAUGAUACUGGCACAAUCUUAGAGAAACAAGUUUUUCUUAUAGGCUGUGUCUAAAUUUCAGACAUAAUAAUUUAUGAAUUCAGGCCCUGGAGAAAAUGUAUGAUAUGACAGAGAGCUUACUGUAUGUUAUCUGUUAAUGUUUUAUUUUGUUGUGUUCUUUUGAAGAGCAUACAUGAACAAAUGAUUCCUGUAUUGCUUGUAAACUUCCUCCAGAUUGAACAUUUGUCCUGCUUUGCUGUUCAUCUUUGAAAGGAUGUUAAAAUAUGUUGGAAGUUCCAAGAAAUAUAAUAUUACUUAAAAAUGCAAUUUGUAAUUGUUAUGUUGUGUAACAAUUGUGAUAUAUUAUAAUCAAAAAUUCUAUCGACAAAUUUAGCAAAUAGAUAUGCCAUUUUUCUCUGGAAUAGAGGCUUUUCGGGUUACCUUUUGGUGCAUAAUUUAUUCAUUUGAAAAAAUCAGUUUCUGAUACUAAUACUCUUUCUUUACCAAACAGUACAAAACAGAAUGUCCCUGAAUAGUAUGGAAUCUAUUUUAAAAAAAAGAAAGGAAUUUUGCCAUAUUUUUUAGCUCGACUAUUCAUAGAAUAGUAGAGCUAUUGGACUCGCCCAUGCGUCGGCGUCCGCGUCCCGAUUUGGUUAAGUUUUUGUAUGUAAGCUGGUAUCUCAGCAACCACUUGUGGGAAUGGAUUGAAACUUCACACACUUAUUCACUGUGAUAAACUGACUUACAUUGCACAGGCCAUAUUUUUUAGCUCGACUAUUCAUAGAAUAGUAGAGCUAUUGGACUCGCCCAUGCGUCGGCGUCCGCGUCCGCGUCCCGAUUUGGUUAAGUUUUUGUAUGUAAGCUGGUAUCUCAGCAACCACUUGUGGGAAUGGAUUGAAACUUCACACACUUAUUCACUGUGAUAAACUGACUUACAUUGCACAGGUUCCAUAACUCUAUUUUGCUUUUUUACAAAAUUAUGCCCCUUUUUUGACUUAGAAAUUUUUGGUUAAGGUUUUGUAUGUAAGCUGGUAUCUCAGCAACCACUUGUGGGAAUGGAUUGAAACUUCACACACUUAUUCACUGUGAUAAACUGACUUACAUUGCACAGGUUCCAUAACUCUAUUUUGCUUUUUUACAAAAUUAUGCCCCUUUUAUGACUUAGAAUUUUUUGGUUAAGGUUUUGUAUGUAAGCUGGUAUCUCAGUACUCACUAAUUGGAAUGGAUUUAAACUUCACACACUUGUUCACUGUCAUGAUCUGACAUACACAAAGCAGGUUCCAUAACUCUGUUUUGCUUUUUUACAAAAUUAUGCCCCUUUUUCGACUUAGAAUUUUUUGGUUAAGGUUUUGUAUGUAAGCUGGUAUCUCAGUAUCCACUAAUGGGAAAGGAUUGAAACUUCACACACUUGUUCACUGUCAUGAUAUGACAUGCAGUGCAAAGGGUCAAUAACUCAACUUUGCAUUUUACAAAAUUAUCCCCCUUUUUAGCUCACCUGUCACAAAGUGACAAGGUGAGCUUUUGUGAUCGCGCGGUGUCCGUCGUCCGUCGUCCGUCCGUGCGUCCGUGCGUCCGUAAACUUUUGCUUGUGACCACUCUAGAGGUCACAUUUUUCAUGGGAUCUUUAUGAAAGUUGGUCAGAAUGUUCAUCUUGAUGAUAUCUAGGUCAAGUUCGAAACUGGGUCACGUGACAUCAAAAACUAGGUCAGUAGGUCUAAAAAUAGAAAAACCUUGUGACCUCUCUAGAGGCCAUAUAUUUCAUAAGAUCUUCAUGAAAAUUGGUCAGAAUGUUCACCUUGAUGAUAUCUAGGUCAAGUUCGAAACUGGGUCACGUGGUUUCAAAAACUAGGUCGGUAGGUCUAAAAAUAGAAAAACCUUGUGACCUCUCUAGAGGCCAUAUUUUUCAUGAGAUCUUCAUGAAUAUUGGUCAGAAUGUUUACCUUGAUGAUAUCUAGGUCAAGUUCGAAACUGGGUCACAUAGGGUCAAAAACUAGGUCAUUAGGUCUAAAUAUAGAAAAACCUUGUGACCUCUCUAGAGGCCAUAUUUCUCAAUGGAUCUUCAUGAAAAUUGGUCAGAAUGUUCACCUUGAUGAUAUCUAGGUAAAGUUCGAAACUGGGUCACAUGGGUUUAAAAACUAGGUCAGUAGAUCUAAAAAUAGAAAAACCUUGUGACCUCUCUAGAGGCCAUAUUUUUCAUGAGAUCUUCAUGAAUAUUGGUCAGAAUGUUCACCUUGAUGAUAUCUAGGUCAAGUUCGAAACUGGGUCAUGUGGGGUCAAAAACUAGGUCAGUAGAUCUAAAAAUAGAAAAACCUUGUGACCUCUCUAGAGGCCAUAUUUCUCAAUGGAUCUUCAUGAAAAUUGGUCAGAAUGUUCACCUUGAUGAUAUCUAGGUCAAGUUCGAAACUGGGUCACAUGGGUUUAAAAACUAGGUCAGUAGAUCUAAAAAUAGAAAAACCUUGUGACCUCUCUAGAGGCCAUAUUUUUCAUGAGAUCUUCAUGAAUAUUGGUCAGAAUGUUCACCUUGAUGAUAUCUAGGUCAAGUUCGAAACUGGGUCACGUGCGGUCAAAAACUAGGUCAGUAGGUCUAAAAAUAGGAAAACCUUGUGACCUCUCUAGAGGCGAUAUUUUUCAAUGGAUGUUCAUGAAAAUUGGUCAGAGUGUUUAUCUUGAAGAUAUCUAGGUCAAGUUCGAAACUGGGUCAUGUGGGGUCAAAAACUAGGUCAGUAGAUCUAAAAAUAGAAAAACCUUGUGACCUCUCUAGAGGCCAUAUUUCUCAAUGGAUCUUCAUGAAAAUUGGUCAGAAUGUUCACCUUGAUGAUAUCUAGGUCAAGUUCGAAACUGGGUCACGUGCGGUCAAAAACUAGGUCAGUAGGUCUAAAAAUAGGAAAACCUUGUGACCUCUCUAGAGGCGAUAUUUUUCAAUGGAUCUUCAUGAAAAUUGGUCAGAGUGUUUAUCUUGAAGAUAUCUAGGUCAAGUUCGAAACUGGGUCAUGUGGGGUUAAAAACUAGGUCAGUAGAUCUAAAAAUAGAAAAACCUUGUGACCUCUCUAGAGGCCAUAUUUUCAUGAGAUCUUCAUGAUUAUUGGUCAGAAUGUUCACCUUGAUGAUAUCUAAGUCAAGUUUGAAACUGGGUCACGUGGGUUAAAAACUAGGUCAGUAGAUCUAAAAAUAGAAAAAACCUUGUGACCUCUCUAGAGGCCAUAUUUCUCAACGGAUCUUCAUGAAAAUUGGUGAGAAUGUUCAGCUUGAUGAUAUCUAGGUCAGAUUUGUAACUGGGUCAUGUGCGGUUAAAAACUAGGUCAGUAGGUCGAAAAAUAGAAAAACCUUGUGACCUCUCUAGAGGCCAUAUUUUUCACGAGAUCUUUAUGAAAAUUGGUGAGAAUGUUCACCUUGAUGAUAUCUAGGUCAAGUUUAAAAGUGGGUCACGUGCCUUCAAAAACUAGGCCAUUAGGUCAAAUAAUAGAAAAACCUUGUGACCUCUCUAGAGGCCAUAUUUUUCAAUGGAUCUUCAUGUAAAUUGGUCAGAAUUUUUUAUCUUGAUGAUAUCUAGGUCACAUGUGCUCAAAAACUAGGUCACUAUGUCAAAUAAUAGAAAUAAUGACGUCAUACUCAGUUCAACACUGGGUCAUGUGGGGAUAGGUGAGCGAUUCAGGACCAUCAUGGUCCUCUUGUUAAACUUAGGAGUUUUGGGUUAAAUUCUUAUAUGUAAGCUGGUAUCUCAGUACCCACUAAUGGGAAUGGAUUGAAACUUCACACACUUGUCCACUGUCAUGAGCUGAUAAGCACUAUGCAGGUUCCAUGACCCUAUUUUGCUUUUUUUAAAUUAUGCCCCUUUUUCGACUUUCGUAUUCAUUCAGUCGACAAGGCUGUUGAAUAGUCGAGCGUUGCUGUCCUCCGACAGCUCUUGUUUUAUUACCAGUCAACCAACCCACCUCAUAGAUAAUAUUUUAUUAUGUCACAAAUUGAUGCUAAGGUACAAAUCGGUGAAAAAUAGGCAUAUUAAUUGUUAUAAUUCCAUUAAAGAUAAUUGAUUUUUAGCUCACCUGAGCCAAAGGCUCAUGGUGAGCUUUUGUGACUGCUCAAUGUCCGUCGUGAGUCGUGUGUCCGUCAACAUUUUCUAAAAAAAUCUUCUUGAAAACCACUGGGGAGAAUUAUACCAAACUUCACAGGAAUGAUCCUUGGGUGGUCCCCUUUCAAAAGUUUUCAAAGAAUUUAAUUCCAUGCAGAACUCUGGUUGCCAUGGCAGCCGAAAGGAAAAACUUUAAAAAUCUUCUUGUCCAAAACCACAGGGCCUAGGGCUUUGAUAUCUGGUAUGUAGCAUCAUCUAGUGGUCCUCUACCAAGAUUGUUCAAAUUAUCUCCCUACGGUCAAUUAUGGCCCCGCCUCGGGGGGUCAUAUGGUUUAUAUAGACUUAUAUAGGGAAAAGUUUGAAACUCUUCUUGUAGAAAACCACAUGACCUAGGGCUUUGAUAUUUGGUAUGUAGCAUCAUCUAGUAGUCCUCUACCAAGACUGUUCAAAUGAUCCCCCUAGGUUUAAAUAUGGCCCGGCCCUGGAGGUCCCAAGUUUUACAUAAACUUAUAUAGGAAAAGUCUUUAAAAAUCUUCUUGUCUGAAACCACAAGACCUAGGCCUUUGAUAUUUAGUAUGUAGCAUUGCCUUGUGGUGUUGUACCAAGAUUGUUCAAAUUAUUACCUUGGGAUGAAAAGAGGCCCCGCCCUGGGGUCACUUAGUUAUUUUAUGAGUUAUAUAGGAAAAAUACUUAAAAUCUUCUUGUCUGAAACUGAAAGGCCUAGGCUUUUGAUAUUUGGUAUGUUGCAUUGCAUAGUGGUCCUCUACCAAUAUUUUUCAUGUUAUUACCCUGAGAUGAAAAGAGGCCCUGCCCAGGGGGUCCCAAGUUUUACACAGACUUGUAUAGGAAAAAACUUUAAAAAUCUUCUUGCCUGAAACUGCAUGGCCUAGGCUUUUGAUAUUUGGUAUGAAGCACUGCCUUAUAGUCCUCUAAUAAAAUUGUUCAAAUUAUGCCCCUGGGGUGAAAAAAGGCCCCGCCCAGGGUCACUUAGUUAUUAUAUGAGUUAUAUAGGAAGAAACACUUCAAAAAGUAUCUGAUCCUAUUUCCUAGACUGUUUGAUUAUAUUUACCUGAUGACUCUAAGUAAUAUGAAAGUCACUUGACUGUGACCUUGACCUGCUGACCUACUUUCUUGUUUUUUAAGAUACAGCCUUGAAAUUUGGAUGACAUGCACAGUUUUGCUCACCGAUCUUAAAACUGACUUUCAUUGUCAGACCAUGAAUAUGACCUACUGACAUUCUUAAUAUUUUAGCAUCAGUUUGACAUUACUCAGGUGAGUGAUCCAGGGUCAUCAUGACCCUCUUGUUAAAUUAUAAAGUUGUUUCUGAUAAGUGUUGAAAUUUAGUUAUUAAUGUUGAACAGUCUUCUACAUCCAUACUGCUCUGUUGUGACCAGAUGUGUACAUGUAUUGGAAGCAAAACUGUGUUUUGGUGAUUACUGUAAAUUUUUCUCAAUUCAAAAACAAUGUAGUUGUUAAGAAGUAGCACUUCUAUAAACUUGUUAAAUUAGAUGUAGGAAUAUUUGAAAUGUAAUCUGCUACACUGCUGACAUUCUCAGGGUUGUAGUCUUUUGUUAGCUCACCUGAGCCAAAGGCUCAUGGUGACCUUUUGUGACCGCUCAAUGUCCAUCAUCCGUUGUCAGUCGUCCAUCCAUCAACAUUUUCUAAAAAAAUCUUUGUCUUGAAAACCACUGGGCAGAAUUACACCAAUUUACAGGAAUGAUCCUUGAGUGGUCCCCUUUCAAAAUUGUUCAAAGAAUUUAAUUCCAUGCAGAACUCUGGUUGCCAUGGCAACCGAAAGGAAAAACUUUAAAAAUCUUCUUGUCCAAAACCGCAAGGCAUAGAGCCUUGAUAUUUGGUGACAUCAUCUUAUGGUUCUCUAUGAAGAUUGUUCAAAUUAUGCCCCUGGGUUGAAAAGAGGCCCCCUGGGCCCUGCCCCGGGGGUCACAAGUUUUACAUAGACUUACAUAGUAAAAGCUUUAAAAAUCUUCUUGUCUAAAACCACAUGACCUAGGCCGUUGAUAUUUUGUAUGUAACAUUGCCUUGUGGUCCUCUACCAAUAUUAUUCAAAUUAUGCCCCUGGGGUGAAAAGAGGCCCUGGCCCGGGGUGUCCCAUGUUUAACAUAGACUUAUAUAGGAAAAAAACUUGAAAAAUCUUCUUGCCUGAAACUGCAAGGCCUAGGCUUUUGAUAUUAAGUAUGUUGCCUUUCCUAGUGUUUCUCUACCAAAAGUGUUCAAAUUAUGUCUCUACAGUGAAAGAGGCCCUGCCCUGUGGGUACCAAGUUUAACAUAGACUUAUAUAGGAAAAAGAUUGAAGAUCUUCUUGUCUGAAAGUUUAAGGCCUAGGCAUUUGAUAUAUGGUGUGUAACAUUGCCUGGUGGAUCUCUAACAAGUUUGUUCAAAUUAUGCCGCUGGAGUGAAAAGAGGCCCCACCCUGGGGGUCACUUGUAUGAGUUAUAUAGGAAAAAAUACGUCAAAAAUUAUAUGGUCAUAUUUUCUAGACUGUUUAAUUAUAAUUACCUGAUGACCCAAGCGAUUAGGGAUCACUUGACUGGGACCUUGAUCUACUGACCUACUUUCUUGUUUUUUUAAGAUACAGCCUUGAAAUUUGGAUGACAUGUACAGUUUUGCACACCAGUCUUAAAACUACCUUUCAGUGACAGUGACUUUCUGAUAUUUUAGCGUCAGUUUGCCAUUUGAAACAUGUGGCUCAUAUUACUUAGGUGAGCAAUUCAGGGUCAUCAUGACCUUCUUGUUAAUAAUAGUGACAUCAUUUUUAAGAUUUGCCUAUAUAUGAAAACAGUGACACCAUUCUUCUCAUCUAUAUAUCAACAGUAUGAAUAAUAAAAUACAUAUAUAUCCCGAGUUACCAUAUUUCACAUUUCUGCCUUGAAAAAAGUCGAUUUUUGCAAACAACUACGCAAUAAUGUUUGAUACAGUAGCCUCACUGACUCCAACAUUUUUAAGUGGAGAAUUAGCAGGGGGAAUUUGAAUAUUUUAUUGUCGACAGAUACCUUACAGGAAGGAGAGAGCAGACGUUGCUUGUUAUUUGCAGCAUUUGAUAUCAUGCUUACAUUCCAUUGUAUUCUUGUUCAUAGCUAAUGCUAUUUUUUUUCAUAUGAAUUUCAUUCACUUACUUUUUUGUUUAUACAUUCAUUCAUUCGUUCAUUUGUUUCUUUGUUCAUCCAUUCGUUUGAAAGGUUAAGGGCACAGACUUCUAAUCUCUUUCCCAAAACUUCUUCGAUUUGGAUCCUGGUUUUGGUGAAGAAUUCUUUCGUGUGAGGAGGCCAUCCAGCUUGUUUACAGGUGGUUGGUGGUUCAACCCACCCUCCUUGCCUGAAAUAAGACCCUAAGAUGGUACUAUGGGUCUACUAUGGGUCUACUUCCACCUUCGAAAGGCAGAAAGUCACCAUGACAUGUAAUUGUGUUGGUUUGACUUAAAACCCAACAGAUGAUAAACAGAUCAUCACUAAAUCUUCUUUCUGACAUGAUGAUAUCAUUAGAAAUGACAAUAAAGGAUUGGUUUUUGCUAAACAAAUUUGUUUGAAACUUUUAUAGUAUCUCUGUAUUGAAUUUUAAAUUUCAGUCAUUUUCUGCAACUGAAUACAUUGGGUUCAUGACUGAUGCAAUAUUUUCAUGAGUGGAAUACUCAAUAAAUGGAAGAUCUAGGAGUCAUUAAUGAAUGGUAUUUUGAUCUUAAAUAGUGACAGCAACAACACCUUGCAGCCAGAAUCAAUCUUGUUUUAGAAAUUAAUGAAAUAGAUCACCAUUACAUUAUCAGCGAAGAUAUAAAACAUGAAAGUGUAGUUGUACGACUUGCGUACAACUUGCCGUUCCCGAUAGUUUCGAAAAAUUUUUAGUGUGUCUAUUUUCUGAAAGUGGUGAAACGGUUUACCAAGUAGUGUCCUUUUGAGGAGGUUUAAAUGCUGUGAACUUGUAUACUUACCGGGUAAAAUGUACGAUACUGGCACAUAGUUAUAAUCUUGACUUGUGCAAGACAGAGAAAUAGUUUAUUUCAAUAUUCAUAUGCAUGUUUUUCUUCAAAUGAUCUGGAAGUCACUGCCCAAGGAAAGUAAAAUAGUUCUGGAAAAGCAGUGAAAAUAUAGAAAAAAUGUUACAUUGCAAAGAAAAAUAAAUAUGAUUAAAAUAUGCAUUUUAUUUCAUUAAUAUUUCUCGAUAUUUCAUCAGUAUUAUAUAAUAAACACUGUUUUGCUUUUAACCUUUAGGAAAAUCCUCUUCUGCCUCAUUUUAAGAUAUGAUAUAACUUGUUUAUAUUAGAAUGCAUUCUACUGAAAUAAAAGUUUUAUUUGUUGUUUUUCA